AAACCAUAUUGUAAUGGAUUAAUCAAAUACUCUCUAAAAGAGCCAUUAAUAAUUAGUAUCCAUUGUCUACAAAACGAUAAUUCCUCUUCUAUAAAUACACACACACACACACUCGUUAUAUACAGCACAAACGUUCAGCUACAUGCACAAAGAACCACAAACAUGACUAAGCUCAUCCUUAUCCUUGUCGCAGAAAUUUUCCUCCUCACCGCCAUUGCUUCAGCUGGAGAUGACUUCGCAAGAACCAUGAACAAAAAUCUCAUCGACCUCCCAAAACAUGAGACACUCACCCAUCUCCGGCUCUACUGGCACGACUCAAUAGGCGGUCAAAACCCUAGUACCGUCAGGAUCCAACAACCGGUCUCGAAUUCCUCCUUAUUCGGAUCCAUCUCCAUGAUGGACGAUGCGUUGACAACGGAUGUGAUGAAGAACUCGACCGUGGUUGGUCAGGCCCAAGGGAUUUAUGCUGGAGCGGCCCAAGGAGAGAUAAGUUUAUUGAUGGUGAUGAACUUUGCUUUCAAAACCGGGAAGUAUAACGGGAGUACGAUCACGAUCCUUGGUAGGAACGCUGUGAUGGAAAAGGCUAGGGAAAUGCCGGUGGUCGGAGGAAGCGGGAUGUUCCGAUUUGCUAGAGGUUAUGUCGAGGCUCGGACCAAGUUUGUUGAUAUCAAGUCCGGCGUAGCCAUUGUUGAGUAUAACUGUUAUGUCUUGCAUUACUAAUCAUAACUAUGCUUUUGUUCGUUUGUAAUGUUGUUAAGUAACAUUUGCAUUUGACGAAUGUUAUUGUCUGUUUUCCUUUUUGUUGUUGUAUGUCAUGUUGUGUACCGUGGUGUGAUCGUUGUGGGAAUGUUCUUGUUUUUUUUUUUUGUAGUUAUAAUGGUCUUGAUCUAUGAAUAAAUAAACUGAAGUUGUUGAAUAUGUA